UGUAGGACGCGGAAGUCAAGAGGAGGACGAUAGUGGUUACUUCGUUCCAUUUUUGUUUUUCUGUUAGGAGCGUGCUUUUUCUGUAUGUAUUGGUGUAGAGGUUCUUGGCCAGGUACAGUAACACGAGAGGAUGAAUGUGCUGCUGGUAAGCCAACAUUUGUUGCCCAUUUCAAUUUGUUUUUGAACGUAUUGGUGUGCUUGGGCAUUUCAGUCAGAGGCCAUCUUAAAAGUCAACUAUACUAUCGUGGGUCUUGAGUCAAGUGCAGAUCAGACUAGUGUACCAAGCAGACUUUUCUGAAGGUUUAUAAGGCUGUGGCUGCUUGCAGAAAAUUAUCCUAGAAUGCAUAGCUUCUGGUACAUCUUGGUAUUUGUGUCUGGAUUCCUCGAGUGCCACUGCAAUAAUGCAACAAGCGGCUCCGAGGUUAGAUUGCUUCUCGUGUCCUUUGAUGGAUUCAGGGCUGACUAUCUUGAGCGAUACAGCUUUCCAAACCUGAAGAAAAUGAUUGAUGAUGGGGCACAUGUGAAGCAUCUAACAAAUGUGUUUGUUACUAAAACUUUCCCAAAUCACUAUUCCAUCGUCACAGGCCGCUAUGCAGAAAGCCAUGGUAUUGUGGCCAAUUUAAUGUAUGAUGCAGCCACCAGAAAGAAUUUUUCAGUUUUCGCAGACCAAGAUCCAUUUUGGUGGAAUGAGGCUACACCAAUUUGGGUAACUAAUCAGCAACAAGGGCACAAGAGUGGAGGAGUAAUGUGGCCUGGUACUGAUGUGUCCAUACAAAAUACAACUCCUUCCUACUACUUGAAGUAUGACCACAAUGUCACAUUCAAUAAGCGAGUUGACCACAUUAUAAAAUGGUUUACCAACUCAACAGAACCCAUUAAUUUUGGUGCAUUGUACUGGGAAGAGCCUGAUUCCACUGGACACCAUUAUGGACCCGAAAGCCAACAGCUAGUCAAUAUGUUGAAAGAAGUGGAUGAUCACAUUGGCUAUUUAAUUGAGCAACUUCAAAAGACUGGACUUUGGAACACAAUUAAUGUAAUUCUCACCAGUGACCAUGGAAUGGCUCAAUGUUCUAAAGACAGAGUUAUAGAAUUGGAUAAAUGUAUUGGACGUGAUAACUAUACAGAGGUGACUCACUCUCCAGUAACAGCUAUAUUGCCCCAUAACAACAUAAGUUAUGUGUACAAAUUGUUGUUGAACUGUGACAGUCACAUGAAGGUAUAUUUAAAAGAAGAUAUUCCAGACCGUUUUCACUACAAACACAAUGAAAGGAUUCAGCCAAUUCUUCUUGUUGCUGAUGAAGGGUGGACAAUUGUUCACAAUGGAUCAAUCACCAGGAUGGGUGACCAUGGUUACGAUAAUGCUUUACCUAGCAUGCAUCCUCUUUUGGUAGCUCAUGGACCAGCAUUUCGAAAGUCUUACAAAACCAACACCAUUAACAGUGUCGAUAUCUACCCGUUAAUGUGCCACAUCCUGGGAUUGAAGGAGGAGGCUAACAAUGGAACCUUUGCAAAUGUGAGAUGUUUGUUGGCUAAUGAGCUAUGUGUGAGUCUACCAGAUGUAAUUGGAAUUGUAAUUGGCUCCUUAAUGAUAUUGGUAACAGUGUCCUGCCUUAUAAUACUAAUGAAAAAGCGAAUUUCACCACAGCAUGAAUUUGCUCGUCUCCAGUUACAGGAUGAUGAUGAUGAUGAUCCUUUAAUAGGGUAGUUUUGAGCCUACUAUUGCGAAAAGCUGGUAGUAAAAUGUAUUUAUUUUGGUGUGGCAGUGGGAGAGGUGCUUUAUUUUUAGAGAUAUUAGCAAUAGAAUUAUUUUGUCUUUCCAUUAUCCAAGUACUUUUUAAUACUGCAAGUUCCUUUAACUUGCAUGCUGUAAUGACGAAAUCACCCAAGUAACAGGGAUUAACCUGCUCCUCAUAAUGGCCGUUAUCAAAAUUCAAGCUGAAAUAAUGAGGUUCACAAAUCUGUUCUUGUCUGUAUUAAUCCCUGCCACAUUUAAAAAGAUUCAAUUUUAUUUUACCCCACUUAUACAGACACUUCCUGAAAUGAACUCUGUAAAGUUCCCCUGCAUUUGGGAUUGCAAGUGACUGUACACAGCUCAAACUCACAAGACAAUUUAUAGUAGAUUAGAAGUGAUAUGUUAGAAAGCAGUUCAAAUGAAGCAAAAACAAAAUGACAGUUCUCGUGGAUUAUCCACGCCUGCAGUCAAUAUAAAGUAGUUUUCGUGAACUGAGAUGGAAUUGAUUACAGCAGAUUUGAUAGGAAUAUUUGGAAAUUUAAUUCACAGCAAUUGAAGGUUGGGGUGGCCUGAAAUCGUGAUUGAGUUCUCCAAUUCUUAACUUCAAAAAAUUUCUGAAAAUGUAGACAGUGCAGCCUCAAAAAGCCAAAAACUGAGUGUGCAUUGAAACUGCAAAUAUGUGUAUAUUUAGAUGAAAUUAUUUGUCAGUGCAUUAACCCUGUUGUAGGAAUAAGGUUUCCUGACAGACUUUGGUUUAGUUAGUGCUUAAAUGUAGAUUGCAUUUGAUUAUACUUAGGGUUUGCAGUGGCAUUUAUCAGAAUUCCAGAUGCCACUGAUUUUAAAAAGAAAUGAUGGAGCCUGUUGACCACAAAAUGCAAUGUCUUUAAUAGUUUUAUUAAGUACAGAACCAAUUUAUUCAAAGAAAAAGUGAAUAUAAUUAGAUGAGUAGUGAAUAUGGAUAGGAAGAUAAGACUUUGGAUAUCUUGGAGAAUAAUGCUGUAAAAUAAUGUCAGCAUCUGAAGUACUUGCUCUAAUGCUACAGUUUACUUCAAUGUGGCAAUGCAUUCAAAUGGUCUUUUGUUUUGAGGUUGGCUGUGGAUCUGCUGGCAGUCGAGGAGUCAAAGGAAUGAUAUAUGAAAAUGCUAUCUGCAUAUUCACAAAGUUAUUGAAGUAGUUUAUUGGGAAAUAUGCACAUAAAUAUUAGGACUAAACUAUGAUUUAAACAGAUUAUAUUUAGGAGAUGAGUUUUAAUAGAAUUUAUAAGGGGGGGUAGGGUGAAAUGAACUUGUAAUUUAGGAUUUAGUAAAAACUAACUGAAAAAGUAACAUUUAUUUUUAGCAAUUUUCAUUUAAAGUUUUUACUCAUAUUAACUGUGCUGAAGAUGGCGUAUUUUGAAAAGAGCAUUGUGAACAUUUACCACUAAUUUAUCACUACUUUUUACUGCUAACCCGGUCAACCACUAUGAUGAUAAGAAUUAUUAUUUCCAAUGUUUGCAAUAUGAUGACUGUUUUAUGGAUUGCAACCAUCCAGAGGAAGUAGUUUUUUUUUUAAAUCUCCAGUUAGUAUUUUAAUGGUCUACAAUAUCCAGAUUCUCUAAGUUAUGACUGUGCUGUCUCAUAACAACUCGAAUAGAUGUUGAUUGUACCCAUAUUUCAAUUCACCUGUAUUUGUUCACUACUCUUCAAGUUCUCUUUGUUGAGAAUGAGCCAGCAAUCAAGUGCAUUUAAUUAUGUGGCUUUAUAUAGCUAAAGCAAAAGGAAUCAUACAGCAUGUAUUGACUGUUACUUUGUACAUUGGAGAUUAGAAUCUUGUGCAGGUAACAGUGGUCUUAAAGGCUGCAAGAGAGGUGAGAACUCAAUGUUACCUCAUUUUGGGAAGGCUCACCACAUCUUGUUCAGCAUUGGGACACUGUUUAAAAUCUGAGGAUCAAAUACUCCAGGACAGAGUUCUAGCCAUUUAGAGGUCUCACAACCAUCUAGUGUUGUCACUGGAUCCCAGGCUAGUGUUGGUGAGACAUGAGGAAAGAGGUGCAGUGGGUCAAAGGAAUAGCUCAUAGCGAGCUCUGCAAAGUUCCAGUCGAACACUAACUGCCUUUAAAUGAGGAUAUCCAACCAGGAGCUAGCAAGUUUGCUUGUCAUGUUCCCCACUUGGCAAGGUACAAGUCCCUGCAGAGUUAAUACCAAGAAGCAGGGGGAUGAGAAUUCAAAUUAGGCUUUAAAGGGUCAUCCUGCCAUGGACUGAAUUUGGUUGGAGACAGAAGUUUGUGGAAUCACCACAUGCUAACUUCCCAACUUCUUGCCUGAUCAAAUCCCAUCUUGCCUCUGUCUCUCUCUCACACGCACACAACUAAACCUCGCACAGAAUGGGACAAGAUUCUGUCUAAUGUAAUAAAUGUUUAUACAGUAUCUCAUUUCUGAAUCCAGUGUAGUAUGGAAAGUGCUCCAACACAUUUUCACUCCAUUUGCAUAUUUUUCAAUCUGCUAGUUUUAUAAAAAGAAUUUGUGUGGGCAACAGUUAAAGUACAAGAUGUUAUUUUGACACCAAAGUUCAGGUGGCAAUGAUGCAAACAGUAUUUAUUGCUAAUUACUUUUCUGUAUAUAUUAAUGAGCAGUCGAAGGCAAUAUGAUAUAAAUUUUAGAUGUUAACAACUUUUUUUACUGCUUGGAUUGUAUUCUUCAAAACCUUGAGUAUUUAAGUUUCUUUUUCAAUAUUUUAAUGCACAAUGUUAACUUUAUGCAUUUAUGCUAGUUAAUAAGAGAAUUCUUGUUAAGUUUCAAACAAAAAAUUGUUUGAUUAACUUUCCAAAUAAGAAAAUAGGAAAUACUUCACCUCAAUAAAGUUAUGUUAAACGUUGCUCUGCUAAAUAGCUUGCAUUUUUCUGGAACAGCAUUCCCAUUGUACAUUCAAUUGUCAGCUUAAUCUUUGCAAUAGAGACAAAGUUAGAGAUUCAGUUGUACUAGAUAUGUGACUCCAAGAAAAGAAAAUAAGAGUUCACUUCCUGAAAGUUUCCUUUUUUUACUUGAGUGUAAUUGUAAACUCCAUGUAGAAAUAUGAGAUAAGUUACCCAGGAGCAUUAAUCCUCUAAUGCUAAAGGUGUAGUGACAUAUAUUGGAACCCAUCCAUUAUUUGAGUUUUCAACUCGAUCUCAAGUCUUUAAUCUAUUGAUUUGAAGUCAUUAAUAGCCAAAGCUGAUUAUUUUCAUUUAACUUAAAAAAAAAUGAGAAGUUGCAUUCAAAGUUAGCAAAAUGAAAAGAAAAUACAAGACAUUUAGUAAUGGAAUUAAAAGAAUUAUGAUGAUUAGAAGUAAUAAAAUUAUUUAAAUUGUGUUCAGUAUAGGACUAUUAUGUUACACAUAUUAAAAAGUAUGCAAGUUCUCCCAGAGUCUUGGUCAAUUAUUUACUCAUCCAGCUGCCACCUAAAACAUGAACUCUUCAUUUUUUGGUUGUGAGAGCAUGUGCACAAAUAAGCUGUCUUGAUUCCUGUAUUAGAAAAUUGACUAUACUUCAAAUGCUUUAGGGUUUUGAGAGAUCAUGAAUGGUGCUAUGUAAAUUGAAGUAAUAAAAUAAUAAAAAUAGCUCUUCACCUGCUUUUUAAUCCCAUUACCUUUCAAACAUUACACUUAUAAAUUAUUAUAAAAGUGUGACUUAUUAAUGUUCCUAGAAAUAAUUCUAUAGUUAAUUUAAUGGCAUUGUUCCAGUCUUUCUCUUCCUUCCUGUGCCAAUGUACUAACAUAAUAUGAUCAUGUUCUACACAAAAUUUGUAAAUGUUCAACAUCAAACAAUCUGAUAGUUGCAUCAUGCAUCAAUUGCAUUAUACUUGGAGACGUUUGGUACAAGCUGUGUGAACAAUAUUGCACUUAAUAAGGAAUUAGGCAGUUUAUUUCAUUUUGAUGGUCACUUGUUGAGCACUUAAACUUGCUCCCCAACAAAAACUGCUGUUUAAAUUGAGAAAACAAAAUGAACACAGUCAUGAAACAUUAAACCUGUCUCCCAUUACUUUCAGAAUUUCAAAAUGUAAAGAAAAAAUUAGCAAUUCAUAAACUGUUCUUGUCAAUAUUGUGUUGUACAAUUCAUCAGAUUUAUUUGCUUUGGGACUAGGAUUCUUAAUUUUCAUAAAUCAAAACACAACUUUUCAGAUUAUCUUUUGGCAACACAGUGGAUGCUACACAAUUAAGUUAAAAAUGUUGAUUCACAAAUUAGCACAUGUAGUUUUUAAAUUUGGCAUUUAUCACAUGAUCAUUAGUUGUAAGAUUUAAUUUUUUAGUAGUACUGAACUUGAGUAUAUCCUCAAUCAUAAUGGAUUACUUCAACAAUAAUAUAGUUAAUUUUAAAGUGGAGGUAUUUCUCAUUUUUAGGUGUCUGGUUUUGAAUCACUUGGGAACUCAAAUAACAAUACUGUCCUUUAUUAAUAUGCUAUGUUCCAAUGUUAGAAUGGUAAAUAUUAGCAUUUAGAAAGCAAAAAUUGGCUUUCGAACUCAAAGCCAAAUAAGAUAUUUUUGGUACAUAAUUGCCUGUAAAGUAAUAAAACUUUUCAGAAAUUGGUUGUAUUCUCAUUUAUUUGGAUUCUAAAAAUGAACAAUAAAUAUUUUAAUUUGA